GUUAAAUGUACUAUUAUCUUUAUUAAAUAUACAAAAAAAUUUAUUAAUAAUUGUAAUAGCAAAAGUAUUAUAAUACUUUUGAGUAUUAAUUUUACAGGAGUUACCAUUUUUAAGAAAAGCGCUAUGAAUUUUAUGUUAUGUACGAGAAAGAUACAAAUCGAUCGUCGAUAAGGAAGAUACCAAACAAUUGUUUAUAAAAACGUCGAAGACGUACUUUGGAAAGAGACAAGGCGACAUCAUUUCGUUUCCUCUUUUAAAAUAAAUUCAUUUCAUCUGAUAUUGACGUAUUAAUAAUGGCGAAAGAUACGUACGACAAUAAUGAUUUGGAUUGGUUAAAAAUAAGAGAAGUUGACGCUGAAGAAUAUCCCGUUGGACAAUUAGCUGAAACUCCGAAGGAGAAAUUAUUUCGUAAAGUGCGAGAAAAUCCUUUCGUACCAUUAGGUACGCUUGCCACAGUGUCUGCUCUCACUUAUGGAUUAUACAAUUUUUCUAUAGGUAAUACAAAACUAUCACAGUAUAUGAUGCGUACACGUGUUGCUGCUCAAGCUUUUACUUUCAUUGCUAUAAUUACUGGUCUUAUGUUAACGCAGAAUAAAAUUAACUCUAAAACAUAAUAUGUAUGAAGAAAUGUAAACAAAUCUUUUAAGCAUAGAAAGUUGAUUUCCAUAUCUAGAUUUAUGUUAUCAUAAAUAACAUCAUAUAGUUUAAACUUU